AUGAAGGACGCGAUAGUAAUUGGUGAGAUGAUCCGUAAAGCACGUGAGAUGGUCCAUAAAGUUUCAGCUGAGGAGAAGGAGUCAAAGUACUUCAAGGAUAGCUUGGUAGCAGCUUCAAAAAUUAUAGGAGUAAAGAUUGAUGUCAAUGGGAAGUUGCCUUCUAAGUUGCCUGAGGGACUGGAACCUGAAACUGACCCAUAUUGGUAUAUGGACGAAGUUCACGCUGCAGUUGAUGCAGCUUCAUCUGACGCUGCGCUUGAGAAAACAAGGCAUGUGGAUGUUGAUAUCCCGAGUUUCUCACUAAACGUUGAUGAAGUCGACCAAAACCCUGAGACCAAUGCUGGGGUUAUACAUGGAAGCGUGACUGAAAACCAUGGACAAAACGGUGGAGGCCAAGAUGACAUGACUGGGGAUGUCUUGGAACAAAAUGAAGGAGGAAAUACAAUGGAGACAUACACUGAGAUUCAGAAUAAGGAUGGGGUUAACGAUGGACCAGUUCCUGAAAACGGUGAAGGCAUAACUGGUGAAAACGUUGAAGGCAUAGCUGCAUCAAAGGAAUUAGCAAACGUCCAGCACGCCGUCGGUGUCCAGCACGCCGUUAGUAAGGAGAAAAUGGUUCGAAGUUCAACCAUGGAUGAGAUUAUGACUGAUGCUGCAACUGGAAGUGAAAAGGUUCAAGGCGACAAUGUUAGUGACGUUGUCGUUGCUCGGAAGACAGUAAGACGUUCUAACAGGUUCUUAACUUUGACAAAGGAUGGGCUUAACGAUGGACUAGUUCCUGAAAACGGUGAAGGCAUAGCUGGUGAAAAAGUUGAAGGCAUAGCUGCAUCAAAGGAAUUAGCAAACGUCCAGCACGCCGUCGUUGUCCAGCACGCCGUUAGUAAGGAGAAAAUGGUUCAAAGUUCAACCAUGGAUGAGGUAUUUGAUUACUAA